AUGCCGAUGUAUUUCGACAAGAACUUCAGCAUCGGCCCCGAGCGGUCGGCAGGGUACCUCUCGGUGGAGAAGUUCGCCGGCAUCGGCGCGGCAUACCUUCUCCGGUUUGUGGAGAGGGCUGUGCUCCAGAGAGAAGGCACUUCGCUGCUCUCUGCACGGCGAUUGUUUGCGGGUGUAGGGUUUACCCUGAACGCCCUCUCGGUGUUGGGCCUCGCUUGGCUCUGCCGCUUCCGCGCGCACCCCAUGGCGCCCGCGGCCACGAGCGUGCUGCUGUGCCUCAACUCGGUAGGCCUGUCCGCCCACAGCUUCGGAUUCAAGCCAAACUACCUUGACAUCACUGCCCGAUUCUCGGGUGCCUUCAUGGGCGUCGGGAACACUUGUGCGACGGCCAUGACGUACAUCGUGCCGCUGGCAGCAGCGUACAUGGUGGAGGCCGCAGGGGGCGAUUGGUCUGGCCUUUUCAUCUGCGUCGCGAUCCUAAACGUCGGUGGCGGGGUGGUGGGGGUCUGUCUUACCUCCACGGAGCGGCUGGACGAACGGCUUGGGGCCACAGCGAAGAUCGAAGGUGGACUAGCUGCCAGCGGGUCGUUGCUCGGCGGGCGGUGCCGUGCUCGCGCGCCAGCGGUGGCCUCUCCGCGCCUCUCAGGCCGGGCCCCUGCCCGCUCCGCAUGCCCGCCACCCCGUGCUCCACGGCCAGCCCGUUCCGCGCACUGCCACCCGUGCCCACCUCCCACCCUUCGUCCAACAACGUCGCGUCGUGGCGAGCAGGCCGAAGCUGGAGCCCCUCUGAGGGCGGCUUCCGCAGUUUUGGGAGCACAGACCGUAGAGGGCGCCCUUGCGGGCCCGGAAAACUAUCCCAUGAGGCAGUGCAGCAAUUGCACUGGCUGGCGCAGCACUGCGGUUCGUGGCAGUGCACCUCCUCUUCGGCCUUUGCGCUUGUCCGGAACAGUUUGGCGAAGGGCAGACACAUCCCGCGCCUGUGCCCAAGAGGUCUUCGAACCUCUGCCCCGCUCCCCUCAAGUUUUCUCGGCGCGCCAGCUACUCUGCAAGCCGUCCAGCACUCCUGCUAUGCCUCGGUUUGCUGGACUGAUCCCGCCUCAGUCGUCCUUGUGCGCACGUAAGCCGAAGGUGGGUGAAGAUUAUCGCGCUUCGCUGCCUGAGCUGUGGUACGAAGAUAAUCGCGCUUCGCAUUUCGCGCGGCGCCCAUUUGUUACUUCGGAACUUCGCGGGGACAUCUGGACCGUUCUUCUUUUCGCCAUGGCCUCCGUCUUCCCUUCCUCCCGCGCUAGCUGA